AGUGCUGCUGACUGUGUUGGACUCCGGAGCGUCACCCCGACCUGACGCAUUCUUGUACCAGAGCGCAGCUGUCACCAUUACUUCAUGCGUAUUGGCCCAAGACCGAGAGAGGCAGAGGCAAAGCAAAGGCAAACAACAGGAGAGAGAGAGAGAGAGAGAGAGAGAGAGACCCCUGCGCUCUGCUCCAUCGAUCUGCUGAGGCGCACAGAGGAGCUUCUACCGGACGUUGGCCACAAUUUCUGAGCUUUCUUUUUUUUCGGGGGAAUGCCAAAAGUGGAUUCACUGUUUGGAACAUGCUACUAGGCAAUUUGGUAGUGGUUGUGUUCUGUCUGUGGAGUACGGAUGUCUGCAGAGCUUAUGUUUUUCAAGCCAGUGGACCAACAGAGGGAGGAGAGAACCCACCAACUCACACUAGACCCGUCUCAGAGUGGGUCAGCUCCGCGGGCUCCUGCAAGGGGAGGUGCUUUGAGCUGGAGGAGGCCAAACCUCCAGGAUGCAGGUGUGACAAUCUGUGUAAAACCUACUACAGCUGCUGCUCCGACUUCGACGAGCACUGCUUGAAAACAGCGGGGGGGUUUGAGUGCUCGCAGGAUCGCUGUGGGGAGGAGAGGAAUGACGACCACGCCUGUCACUGCUCGGAGGACUGUCUGGAGAGAGGAGACUGCUGCUCCAACUACAAGUCACUCUGCAGAGGUGAGACUUCAUGGUUGCAAGGAGAAUGUGAGGAGAUCAAGAGUGCCGAAUGCCCAGCAGGCUUCAUCCGCCCUCCCCUCAUCAUGCUGUCUGUCGACGGGUUCAGAGCCUCCUACCUGAAGAAGGGCAAAUCUGUCAUCCCCAACAUACAUAAACUCAGAGCAUGUGGUACUUCAGCACCCUACAUGCGACCAGUCUACCCAUCAAAGACCUUCCCAAAUUUAUACACCCUAGCCACAGGUCUGUACCCGGAGUCCCAUGGGAUUGUGGGGAACACCAUGCACGACCCAGAGUUUAAUGCCACGUUCAGCCUGCGCACCAGAGAGAAACUGAACCACCGCUGGUGGGGCGGACAGCCUAUCUGGAUCACAGCAGAGGAACAAGGAGUGAAAGCAGGCACUUUCUUCUGGCCUUGGGUGAUUCCUCUGGAGAGGAGGAUUUUGACCAUCCUGCGCUGGCUGCAUCUGCCUGACGAUGAAAGGCCGUAUGUUUACGCUGUCCACUCAGAGCAGCCCGAUACCUUCGGCCAUCGACUGGGACCGCUCAGCAGUGAGCUGGAUAAUCCUCUGAGGGAGAUCGAUAACAUCAUUGGUCAGCUGAUGAACGGUCUGAAGCAGAUGAACCUGCAUCGCUGCAUCAACGUCAUCAUCGUAGGAGACCAUGGUAUGGAGGAGGCCCACUGUGAACGGACAGAGUUUCUCAGCAGCUACCCGCUCAACAUAGAUGAGAUCACGCUGAUCCCUGGCUCGCUGGGCAGAAUACGACCCCGCGACCCCAAAUCCACCACAUAUGACCCAAAGGUUGUGGUUGCCAACCUCACUUGUAAAAUGCCGACUCAGCACUUCAAGCCGUACCUGAAGCAGAAUUUACCCAAGAGGCUUCACUACGCCAACAACCGCAGGAUUGAGGACGUCCACCUGCUGAUGGAGAAGAAGUGGCACAUUGCCAGGAAAAUGCCAGAAAAAUUGAGGACUCGGUGUGGCUUCUUUGGUGACCACGGCUUUGACAACAAGAUAACCAGCAUGAGGACCAUAUUCAUGGGUCAUGGACCAAGCUUCAAGUUCCAGAAAAGAGUGCCAGAGUUUGAAAAUAUAGAAUUAUACAAUGUCAUGUGUGACUUGUUAGGUUUGAAGCCGGCCCCUAACAACGGGACACACGGCAGCUUGAAUGAUAUGCUGAACGAUCCGAUAUACCACCCCAGCAUGCCAGAUGAAGUGACACCACCGUCACCAGCGUCCGACUCUGAUGACACUGUGACCCACGACCUGGGCUGCAGCUGUGAUGAUGAGAACAAAGUGAAGGAGAUCAUUGAGGCCUUCAGUCCUGCACCAGAUGGAAUCUACAGUUACAACAGUACCCACCUCCCGUUCGGUCGCCCAGCGGUGAUGUUUGACACUCAGUACAGUUUGCUUCAUCAUGUGGAGUUCAUCAGUGGGUACAGCAAAGAGCUGGCCAUGCCCCUGUGGACAGCAUACACACUGCAACGACAGGAGGACAUGACUCCCGUUCCGGAGGUUUCCCCCGGCACUCAGUGUAUCCGAGUCGACUCCAGAUUGUCAGUUGCUCACAGUCAGAGCUGCACCACCUACAGCCAGAACAACCACCUCAGCUACGGCUUCCUCUUCCCCCCAGAGCUGGCAUCGUCUCCAGAGUCCAGAUAUGACGCUUCGCUCAUCACCAACUCCGUGCCCAUGUACCCUGCCUUCAAGAGAAUGUGGAGUUACCUGCAGGGCACACUGCUGAGGCGUUACGCAGAGGAAAACAACGGCAUCAACGUUCUCGCUGGACCUAUCUUCGACAACAACUACGACGGCCUCCGAGACACCACAGAGAAAAUAAAAGAGUUCUCGGCCGACGCCCCGCCUGUCCCCACCCACUUCUACACGGUGGUGACCAGCUGCCAGGAGCUGAACCAGACCGUGGAGGAGUGUGACGGUGCACUCAGGGCCUUUUCCUUCUUGCUUCCACACAGACCGGACAACAGUGAGGCCUGCAAUAAUGCCGAGGAUGAGUCGCAGUGGGUCGAAGACCUGCUGAAGCUCCAUACAGCCAGAGUCCGAGAUGUGGAGAUCCUGACGGGCCUGGACCUCUACCGUUCUACCAACCUCACCUACACCAGCACACUGAGCCUCAAAACCUACCUGCACACCUUCGAGAGUGACGACUAGACGCACAGAGAGACAGACACACACAUACAGGAUGUAGCCCUUUGUAGAAGUUCUGCAUUUUCACUGCAUGCUCGCUGGACAACCGGCGCAUCGUUGUUCCACUCCUGAGGAACUGCCCGAGAAGUGCUUGGAAAAGGGAACACAUUUUUGAAAAUUGAAAAGAUUAAAAGAACGGUUUGGCAAGUAGUAGUUUGGAAGAUUACAACAGGAAUAUUCAAUACUAUCCACCAAAUCUGAGAAAGAAUAAGCUAGCACAGGUAUCAUGCAGAGUGGGGGACUUUCUCGACAGCUGCCACUACACAUUUCACAAAUAUAGUUUAUAGUGCAUCCUCAUGCACACAUAAAGGACCAUUAUUGUUUUAGCUCCUUAACUAUAAUUAAUGUAUGCUUUGUAUUCCUACUGACCAUCCAUUGCAUGCUGUAGAAUUUAAACAUUUUUGCAUUUUUGUCUUUUCUUACUCAUAAAAAUCAAUUAGUAGACUCUUGAAACUUGCAUGAAUUGUAUCAGCUGAUCACAGUCUCUGUUGUUUUUUGUCAAAGUUAUAAUAUUAUUGUGAGGUAACAGAGUGAGGACUUCUCAUAGCAAACCACGCUCAAACUAACUUUAAAUUACUAUUCAAUUAUCAUGCUGUCUGGAAACAAGUAGAAGCCAGUGCCUGAAAAGUUGGAAAAAUACGUCCAAAAAUCAGAAAGUCUACAGCAUGGUUUGCAAAAUAGUCAGCAGCAAUGUAAAGUAUUUGUAGUUAAUGGUCUAAAACAUGCAAAAUUGCUGGUAUGGUUCUGUAAAGGAACAGUUUGAGAUUUUGGGAAAUACACUUAUUCUCUUUCUUGCUGAGAGUUAAAUGAGAAGAUUGAUACCACUGGCAUGUCAGCAGCAGCUUAGCUUAGUUUAGCAUAAAAACUGGAAACAAGGGGAAACAGCUUGUCCAAAGGUAACAAAAUCCUCCUAGCAGCACCAAUUAACACUUUAUAUCUUCUUUUGUUUACUCCAAAUAAGCAAAUUUCCCAAAAUUUCAAACUUGUCCUUUAAAACAACAUGCAAUAUUCAUAUAAACUUGUAGCAGAUACUCGUAUAGACACAGGACUCGUGUACACCAGGGUCAGAAAGUAUCCAGAGCCCUUCAAAAAUUCCUAAACUAUGUGGCAUUAAACAGGUAACAAGAAAAACCUAAACUGA